GGGAGCCAUGGCUGCAGAGAACCCCAUGGAAAGUCUCCAGGAGGAAGCGACAUGUCCCGUCUGUCUGGAGUAUUUCACAGAACCUGUCACUCUGGAGUGCGGGCACAAUUUCUGCCUAGCCUGCAUCAGCCAGUACUGGGAGGGAUCCGAUACAGACAUCUCCUGCCCUCAGUGCAGACAAACUGUGCAACAGAGAAACCUCAGGCCCAACAGGCAGAUGGCAAACAUGGUAGAAAUCGCCAAGCAACUGAGUUUACAGGCAGCAAAGGGAAGAGGAGGGGACGGGGUGUGUGGGGAACACCAGGAGUCGCUGAAACUGUUCUGUGAAGAGGAUCAAACCCCCAUCUGUCUGAUCUGCAGAGAGUCCCGGGCUCACCGCGCUCACAUGGUGGUUCCCAUACAGGAAGCCACCCAGGAGUACAAGGAAAGAAUCCAGGCCCAAUUGAAGACUCUGAGGGAUGAGAGAGAAAAGCUGCUGGGAUUGAAAGUGACUGGAGAGGGGAAAAGCCAGAAGUAUCUGAAACAAACACAAACCGAGAGGCAGAAGAUUGUGUCUGAAUUUCAGCAACUGCGGCAGUUCCUGAAGGAACAAGAGCGACCCCUGGUGGCCCAGCUGGGGAAGCUGGACGAAGAGAUUGCGAGGAUCCAGAGUGAAAAUGUCAGUAAACUCUCCGAGCAGAUUUCCCAUCUGAGUGAGCUGAUCAGUGAGCUGGAGGAGAAGUGUCAAAAACCACCAAGUGAAUUCCUGCAGGAUGUCAGAAGUACCUUGAGCAGGUGUGAGACGGGGAAGUUCCAGCAGCCAGAGGAGAUUUCUCCUGAACUGGAGGAGCGAGUCAGUGAUUUCUCCCAGAAAACCAUUGCGCUACGGGAGGCUCUGAGGAAGUUCAAAGACACUCUGCCGUCUGCACUGGAGAGAAAAAGAGGGGAACCACUCGGAGCGCACAGACAGGUGAAUGUGACUCUGGAUCCAGACACGGCUCAUCCCAUCCUCGUCCUGUCUGAGGAUCGGAAAAGUGUGAGACGGGGAAACGCAUGGCAGCGACUGCCCAACAACCCUGAGAGAUUUGACACUGCGCCCUGUGUGCUGGGCUGUGAGGGAUUCACCUCGGGGAGACAUUGCUGGGAGGUGGAGGUGGGGGAUGGGAGAUGCUGGGCUGUGGGGGUGGCCAGAGCGUCUGUGGGGAAGAAGGGACAGAUCAGCCGUAGCCCUGAGGGGGGGAUCUGGAGUGUGGAGCGGCACUGGCAGGGUCACUUCCAGGCUCUCACCUCCCCAGUGACCCCCCUGCCCCUGAGCCUGGUCCUCAGCAGGAUCCGGGUUUGUCUGGACUGUGACCGGGGGCAGGUGACAUUUAUCGAUGCUGGUGACGAGGCCCCGAUCUUCAUUUUCCCGCUGGGCUCCCUCCCCGGGGAGAGAAUCCGACCCUGGCUCUGCGUGGGGGUGGGAUCCCGGAUCACACUGUGUCCCUGAGACAUGGGGGGUAACAGCCCUCUGGGAAUGGAAAAAUGGUUUUCUCUAGCCAAGUAAUCCUAGCCCCUAUUGCCUGGAGGAUGCCUGUCUACCCAACCUCUGGCCUCUUAGCUCUAUGACCCCUGGAAGCUCCUCCCCCCCUCCCUCUCUGCAGCACCAGGUAUGGGAGGAGAAAAGGGGCCAUAGGAUCAGAUGUGGGGGCUGCGGGGUCACAACUAGUGGAGGGGCUGGAGGUAGAAGUGAUGUGGGGUUGUGGGGCAGUAUUAAUGUGGAGCUGGAGACACCCAUAUGUGGAGUGGCAGGGACACAGAAUUAGUUAAUUGGGAUUUGGCAUUUUGGGAAGAAGCUGAAAGCUCCGCAUCAGCCAGGAGCCUGGGAGAAGGAGACCCAGGGACUGGGGAGUGUGCAUUCAUCCCAAUAUCCAGUAGAAAUGAGUGACUAGCGUAGACACCGCCUAUGUUGAUAAAAGAAGUUUUACCAUCAAUGCAGUAAAUCCACCUCCAGGAGAGGCAGUAGUUAA